AUGGCCAUGAAAAUGCAAGAAAACUAUAUUGAAGGUAUCAUCCGAGUGCCGCUUACGCAGUUUGUCGCAGAAGAGAGCCGCAACCACCCGCCAAACUGCAUUACUGUCUGUGGCUUUGAAGGCGUUCUCCAAAAUCCUAGGCAUCAGAUCACAGGGUACAUUAGUUAUCAGCUACAGAACAAGUUAUUAAACGAUCUUAAGCUUUCUCCGAAAGAGUUCAAAAAAACAAUUGGUUCAGCUGCAAUUCCUACCAUCGCCGACCAAGAUAUACAUUGUUUAGUCAACGGUAGCGCCUUGGAGGCUGCACAGCAAUUGCACAAGUCGGGAGGCUUAGCUGAGUGCACCGUCCAAAUUUGCUAUCUGCCUCCCCCUCAAUCAAAAAAAUUCUCUGAUGGAGAAAUUUUUCAAAAUGUUCGACACUUCGUAAAGCAAGAACGCUACCACAUUGCACAGCAGUGGGUAAAUAUCGUGUCUGGACCAAAGCGGCGGCAUUUGACUUUUUUGUUUGAUCGUCCGCUUAUUAUGCACGCACUAGAUCGCUUGCUCUGUUUACCAGGACUGUGGGCUGGUCUACAAUUGGGAAAUUGGGCCAAGCAUCUCGCCGCCCACGUUGAUGAGCUUAUUAUCAACUACCUGGCCCACAUUAGCGAUUCAUAUGAGAAGAUUUUUCGUGGACAUGAAGAUCUGAAACAUUUGCUCGACGAAUCAACCGUUAAGCAAAUCCAGAAUCGCGCUCCCCGCUGGUCUUCAAAUGAUCGCCACUAUAUUGAAGAGGCGUUUCGACAGAAGAUCAUCUUUACAGAUAUAACAUCUCGAGACGUAUUAGCAAAAUUGGAACAAAAUCUUCUUUCGUUUGAAACAAUUAUUCCAAGUAUACAAACAUUUCAUCAAAAUAUGAAAUACAUCACUAUUGGAAUUAAAAUCUUGGAAAAGCAUAUAGCGAUACAGCCAGCGGCAACGAAGAAAGGUGAUAUAACAAGGACAAGGCCCAGUCUUAUUGAUAGCUUGAAGAACGACUGGGUUGGCAGUACUACAACAGGUCACUUCCAAGUUGAUCAUGAGAAAUUCAUACCUGCUACGGAGGCAAACGCAGAUACGUCAAUUGCUCAAUUAUUAUUAGCGGCGCUUCGCUACUUUCCGCUGCUAUGUAGGGAAGCGCCGCUGCAAGAUGUGGAUUGCGAGUGGAAGGCUCCCGAGCCAAGUGAUUAUAGCACGCUAAUCCGGCGGACGGCGCUUCAAUUAGGCUUUGACAACCCAAAAAUCAGGAAAGACGUCGGGAAUGCUACAAUGAACUAUCCGCUAUAUGAAAAGCCCUUUGCUAGAAGGCGGUGGCGUUCUGGAAAGCUACCGUGCCAUUCGUUCGCGUUGCUGUUUGAUCAGUCAUUUUUUCUGCAACUUUUUGGACAGCCGUUUGAGCAGUCAACUGUCGUAACCCCCCUGCGCACCCAGAGUGCUAUUUUACGGGCGUUCUUCAACCUCUGGGACUACUACGCAAUUUCCGCGGCGCCUGGCAUAGAUAUGGCAGAGGCGGGUAUGGAUGUAGAGGAGUCUCCGUGGGCGGAGACUCAGUGGGCGGAGAUUUUAAGCUCCCGGUCCUUAGAGAAACCAACGCGCUUUAAGAGGAAGAGGACUAAACCACUUCAAAAUGACCAAAGAGCCGGAGAACAUUGGGAGGUGCCGCCCAAAAACACGCAGGAAAUGCAAAUGGUCCCAUGGGUCCCAUCAGUCCAGGCAGCCCCAGUGCCUCAGCGCCAACUCACCAUCUUCGAGGAAGCCCUCCCUACUCCGAAUAAGCCUCUGAUGCGAGCUAUUAAUGACUACGACGACGAGGAUGCUGAGCCUGCCAUCAAUAAUAGGAGAAAACGUGCCGACAUCCGUCCAACGAAAAAGUUCAAAGGCAACUCCACGGCAUCCACGAUACCACUGCUACAUGAAGGUACAGAGCCGCCUGCAACCACAGACGCGCCUGCAGGCAUAAAGCUACAUGAAGGUACAGAGCCGCCUGCAACCACAGACGCGCCUGCAGGCACAGAGCUACAUGAAGAUACAGAGCCCGAUGAAAUGGUUGUGGACAGAGAUAUCAUCCCAGAACAAACAGCAACUGUUAAUAAACAGGGCGCGCAGGCACUAGAUUCUGAUGAUGAGUUUGGUGGCAUUCGAUAA